GUGCCCGUUUAUUGCGCGCCGGCGUCGCUGCUCCGCGUUUGCCGUCAGUCCGCGCUGACUUGUGACCCGCGCGAUCGCACGCUCACGAAUCCAUCCAUACCCACGACCGUUCUGUGCACGAUGUUUACAAUCUGCUCAGCGAUCCGGCAAAAAGAUAACAGAAAGCGACAGUGUUAAAAGAAGAGUGUAUAAUUAACUUGUGAUAAGUGCAAAGUGGAGUCUAUACUCUAGUGGAUGAGCUUUUUACCAUAGGCAGUAUAAAAGUGCAACGGCCGAAACAAAGGACACAGCGCGAUGACGUUCUCUGGAAACAUGAAGGAGAGCAAGUCUCGUACCGUGAAAGACACAUGGGAGUCGGAGCUCGGCUAUGGAUGGACGCGCAGCGGACAGCGGCGAUGCGCACGUCACCGAGCACCGGAGUCGACGAUGUCGGUUGGCAGUGAUAUCCGCUUCACAAGGCGCAAGCUAAGCCGUUCGUGCCGGGGAUGCUGUGCUGCCAUCGCCUCGCUAUUGGUGUUGCUGCUGUUGGCCGCGGUUGCUGUUUACCUUGGACACCUAUAUUUGUUCGGGGAUCCAUUGAACCGGCAAACUUUCCGGGGUUCUUUCAUUAUGACCUUUGGCGCGGAGGGCGAUGAGGGCAAGGAACCCGAGCUAAAGAGCAACAACACGAGGGAGAGAUACCUGCGGCAAGCAAUAUUCAAUCUUUAUCAAAAUUCAGAACUCCGAUCCUGUUUCGUGAAUGACGAAAUACUUGCAUUGGACAGUACAGAAGAUGGGACGCGAGUUCAUUUCGAGGUGUCGUUCGAGCCGAUCUUCACAGCCGUGAGUACGAGCGAGGUGAGCACGGUGCUCGCGAGGGAGAUCAAAGCGCCUGCCGGAUACUUGAAUGUCACUAUACUGCCAGAUACGUUACACAUAGAGGAAAAUUCAGUAAUAUCGUCCUUAGAGUUAAAAGAAAGCGAAACAACGAUUGUAGACGUUACAACAACGGAAGAGACGGCGGCAGAAGUACAAGAAGAACUGCGAGAAUGUUCCGCAGUCACUUUACCAUUAUGUUCUUAUCUGCCAUAUAACUCAACCUCGUAUCCAAACCUCGUGGGGCAUGCGAACAAAGAUGCGCUACUGAAGGAUCUCGUCGCAUUCAGAGAACUCCUUGAUGCAGAAUGCUCACAUCUUGCACAGGAUUUUGUUUGUCAAAUGUUACAACCAAGAUGCGUAAACGAUCGCCUGGUACGACCAUGCCGAGCCUACUGCCGAGCUUUCCACGCAGGUUGUGGCGCAAGGUUGCCUGAACGACUGCGGCCACAUUUUGAUUGUUCGCGUUUUCCUGAUUAUUUUGGACCAGGCUCUUGCGCUUCAGAACCAGAUUGCAGCGGAGGUCUGCAGCGAUUAGCAUUGUCUCGUCGAGCGUGUGACGGCAUUCCCGAUUGCGCCGGUGCGGAGGACGAACGCGGCUGUGCGCACUGCGGCGGCGUCGGCGGUGGCGGACUACGGUGCGCGCUACAUGCCCACUGUCUACCUACACAUUUACGAUGCGAUGGUACUCCAGACUGUCCCGAUGGCAGCGAUGAAACUGGAUGCCUGUGGAUCUCUCGCUCAUUGGCUUCGUGGAGACGAGAAAACGCGGAGACUACCUUGGGUGCGGUACGCAGUCGAACUGGUUAUGCGGUGUGGGCAGAACGCGGCCGCGACGGAAAAAUUUGCGCUGCUCCUUAUGAGAAUGACAAACGAGCUCUCAUCAGCGUCGCCACAUCGCUCUGCAGAGCACUAACCUAUAGAGCGGCUAUUAGCGCAGAAGCUGUAUUGGAUAGUGAAGAAGAAACUGAAAACGAGACCACAACAGAAAAUAUUGUCUCUAGAAAGGAAACACCCGAAUAUGUUGAAGUUGUGGAUCCCUUUGCACCUGAAAUAUCGUUCGUCAAAAGUGAUUGCCCGCAACGUAAAGUGAUACGAGUAACCUGUGAUAAGUUAGAUUGUGGAAUAGCAUCAGCCCGGGGUGAUCGUGCUACUAAAGGCGUCGAAGGUCUACCUCGAUCUGCGCUGCCUGGCGACUGGCCGUGGCAUGCGGCCCUGCUAAGAUCGCACAUCCACGCCUGUGACGCUACUCUUAUUCAUCCGUCAUGGCUUAUUACUACUGCCUCUUGUUUUCAGGGUCAGCCCAAGGCCGAAUGGACGGCUAGACUAGGAACAGUGAGGAUACAGAGUACCACACCAUGGCAACAGGAACGGCGCAUAGUGGGCAUGGUACGGUCGCCUGUGGAAGGCAGCAUGUUAGCAUUACUGCGACUAGAAGAAUCUGUUGAAAUGACUGAUUUCGUGCGACCAUUAUGUUUACCGAAAGAUGGUUCUAACAGUGAUAAAAGCAUCUGUAACACGUUAGGUUGGACUAGAAACCGAGACCAAUUACAAAGAGUGCAUGUAGUAACUAGUCCCAUGAACACAUGUGAAAAUGUGAGCAUAGCUACCGUCAAUGGUAUUUGUGCAGAGCCUUUAUAUGACGAAGACGACUGUGAUGAAGAAGAAUACGCAGGAAGUUCAAUGAUGUGUUUCGAUGAGAAGACCAAACGUUGGUCAUUGACAGGUGUUAGUGGUUGGCGAAUCGCAUGUUCGAAAAUAGGCCUUGGCAGGCCUCGAAUCUAUGAUGCUAUUGCUUCUCAUGUUGAUUGGAUUCGACGAACAAUUUCUAACUCUGCAAGGUGACCGAUUUUUGGUCAGUUAAUUUCGCAUAAAGACUGGAUAAAUGCCUCUAUGAUUUAAAGCAUGUAAUGUAUAGUUAUUCAAGAUCUAUUGUAUCAUACUGAUGCAUUUUCUAAUACUAAAUUUCUUUCACAAAAUUAAGUAAAUUUUAUAUAUCUUAAAAUAUUGAUUUGUGCAUUUAGGUUCAUUUAUAUAUACAAAUCAACAUACAACAAGUGGAAAUUAACUCAUAAUAAGUCAUAAGUGACCAUUUACCUAUUAUACAUGUUAAAUUAAAUAUUUAGUUUGAAUAAUUAUAAUUUUAACUAAAUGCCAACUUAUGUUCUUAUACACAGUUGCCAGUAUAUAGUUAGUGGCCAUCAUUAGUGCACACUAGACACUAGCUGGUAGCUUUAUGUUGUACAAAAUCUUAUCAUCAUAUCGUUAAAAGUACCAUAGAGUACCUACCAUUGAGUUACCUGGCAAAAACAUCUGCUUUAGAAAACUUAAUUUGAAGAGCUUGAGAUUUUCUAUAUAAAGCCAAAAAACUGUACUGUAAAGAGUUGUCAAUUAAUUAAUUUUACAAAAUAUUUUACUCAAAUACAAGAAACUUAAGUUAGUGAAUAUAAAUUUAAAAAUAUGUUUAUUACAUACUUAAUAAAUACUCAACUAUUAUUACAAUGUUAAAUUGUCUUACAAAUUUUAUGAACUGUUUCCAUAGAAGCAAUACAACAUACUACUUUAGACCUAAGAUAAUUUAUUGCAAACAAAAUGUACAAUGUAAUUGGAUAAAUAUAUUUGUAAAUAUUAAUAAGUUAGGAAAGCUACCAAAUUAUAAAAUAAAUAUUAUUACAAUGUU